AUGAACGCCUCGGUGGCCGGCAGCCAGCUGCGACACCCCGAGCCCCAGGACGUGGCCGCCUUCACUCCCGUGUCCGUCGUCAGGAGCGUGAGCAAGAGGUCGGACGCGCUGCCCGUGAUCUCGGUGAUCGUGGUGGUGUUCGUGCUGCUGGCCGUGCUCAUCAUCCUGGCCGUGCACUACGGGCCCCAGCUGCGCACGGUGCAGAUCACGCUGUACCACGAGCCCAUGGCCCAGCACAUGGACAGCGUGCUCCUCACGCACUGGAGGCAGCUGGAUUCCCGUGGGAAGCUGCCGGGUUGGGAUCUGCCCUCGGCUGGAGUCACCUGCCACUGCUCCUGCAGUCAUCACCUUCCCCAUGGCAGCGCUGAGCCCAAUGUCAUCGAGAUCACCUACCUGUGA